AUGACAACAAGUCCAACGGUGCCAAGACACCAUGCCAAGGUUUGUGAUCCAGUCAUACCAUGUCCAAGUGUUGGAUUUCCUUGUGAAAUAAAAGUGUCAGGUGCAGCAAUGAACGGGAAUGAAUUGAGUAGUGCCGAGUUUGACAAAUCACUUGUAAGUAACAAGUCACCAGCAUUAUUAAUAGUGAAAUAUUUUACACCAUUGGUUAAAUACAUUCUAUCUCUUUCACCAGCUGUCGAACCAUCCAAAUCAUAUUCCAAAAGAUAG